AUUUCUGGACGUUUGAGGCUUUGAUGUUUCUUGCAGGCAUUUUUUCCUACUCGGUUGUAUACGUUAGACAAAAAAUGCUGGACCAAGAGAUGCUGCAAAGAAUUCAGAAGCAGCUUGCGAGAGGAGUCUAAUAUUAUAUUCUAAGCUAUUAACUGAUUGAGUUGCAAUCAAAAUGGACAGCCUUUUCUUAGAAGUGUACUCGGAUCCAGUUCUCGGAGGGAAAGUCACUGUUCCCCUGCAGAGUCUGAUUUGCCUGUUCAUUUUGGACUACAUACAGUCUGCCCAAGUGGAAGUGCACCUCGUCCCUAGCAGCUCUCAAGAUAAUAGCGGCUUCCAGGUCAGAUUGCGGCGCCCCUUCAAGCUGACAAAACUGGAGGAUGCGCCAGUUUGCGUCAGGAACUGCCUCCUCCCCGUGGUGGAGGUGAGCGCGGCCAGCACCUGCGUUGCAGGGCUGUGCGCCGUGCUGCGUCAGGUGGUCAAGAGCACCCUAAAGGAGCAUGCUGACCACCCAUGCAGAAUCCUCCUGGGCUUCAGGGAAGGCUGUCUGAUGGCCUGCGCCGAGGCAAGCACCUGGACCCGCUUCUGUGAGGUUGACAUCAUUGAAACUACACAGCAAAUGCUUCAGGUGAACGGAAUGGAAUCUCCAGUAACGUUGCCAAAAGACCUGGUGCGUUUUGAGUAUCACAUGUCGCAGCCGCUACGAAUCCACAACGUGCAAAAAGUGCGGCAGGAGCACGCGAAAGUGUCAGAUACCGAUCUGGACCACUGCUUUGCCGAAGGUCCGAUGUUGACCCUGGCAGACAUGAUCAUUCUGCCGUGUGUGCGCCUGCUUCUCGCCAGCUUACACAGUGUCUACCUAAAAGAGCAUCUCGGCCUCACUCGGAGGUGGCUCGACCUGAUGAAGCAGCAGCAAGGCGUUGAAGAUGCGCUUGAACACGUUCUUGUCCUGCCGCAGAGUAAGGUGCUCGAUGAAAUGUUUGUCCAGUACUUGCUGCCUGAGGUGCCCAACCAGAGCUUGUACAAGUCUGAUCCCAGGAAGUACAAGUCUAAGGCCAGGACCUUUACUCGACAGGACGAGUUGGACGAAUCUCUGCUCAAGGUCCCUGUUAUUCCUGAAUAUGAAGCUAGUCCUUUUGGCUGCGACGUAUCGUUUGACUGGGAGGCCGUUCCUCUGGAGGCGAAUCCGCAAGGUGGACAGCUUCCCGAGGUGCGGCUAGAGCGAAAGGGCCAGCAGCUGGAGAACCUGGCCAAAGCAGCCUUGAAACUAGCAAGACAAGGAGACGUGAUUGUAGACUUCUGCUCUGGCGCUGGCCACCUUGGCAUCAUUCUCGCACAUUUCCUGCCCCGAUGCACAGUCAUUUUGCUGGAAAAUAAGGAGGAAUCCCUUAAAAGAGCGAGAAAACGCGUUGACAAACUCAAUCUGUCCAAUGUCUCUUUCUAUCAAUGCAACCUCGACUAUUUUCAGGGUCCUUUUGACAUUGGCGUUUCACUGCACGCUUGUGGUGUGGCGACCGACUUGGUGAUCCAGAGAUGCAUCAAGCAAGGGGCCUCGUUUGUCAGCUGCCCUUGCUGCUAUGGAUCAGUGCAGGACAACCACCAGCUCAGCUACCCACGCAGCUCGCUUUUCCGCAGCACAAACCUCAGCCUGCGUGAAUACCUGGUGAUCGGCCACUCCGCUGACCAGACGCACGACAAGUUCAACCACAAGACCAGCCAGGGCAAGAGGUGCAUGGCCAUCAUUGACACAGACCGUUGCACGCAGGCCAAGGAGGCUGGCUACCUAGUGCACAUGUCCCGACUUGUGCCAGAUACGUGCACACCUAAGAACAAUUUGCUUGUAGGCGUUCCACAAGAUCGGCAUUUCUUGAUGUGAAAAUUUUAGCGUUUGAUAAACAAUAAAUAAUAGUUUUUCUUAAAUGUAACAUA